ACGGAACACCAGCAACAGCCAUAUCGAUGGCGAGCAAGAAAGACGCAAGAGAAGGACAAGGGAGCAGAGGCGAAAACAGAACGGAGAAGACGGGAUUGUUUGCUCGCAAAGUGGCAUGCCUCAGACAGCCACCAUCCCUCCAAGAACAAGCCACUACUUGACGCCUGCAUCGCUACGGCCCUUGGUGUCCUCUCAAUCCUUACUCCUCUCACCCACUGCGGCAGGCCAUCACUCGCAUAAUCCCAGCUAGCCCCCGUCGCAUUCACACUCGAUCAGGUUCAAGGGUACUUGUCAGGGAUGGCAACUGGAGAAACAGUGCAGAGUAUGGCCCCAAGUGCAGGCGAGUAAAGGAAUCUAUAACACGGGAUAAAGGCGUUCAUACAAUGACGCUGAUGAGAAAGGUAAAAAUCUCUCACUCCGGCACGUCGGGCCCUUUUUCUGCCCGUGAAAGGGUGACACGUUCUCGAUUCUGCAGGUUGACAAGUGAGGCAGCUGUCUCCGUUUUGAACAUGCAGACUGCAGCAAGAAUCUGCAUUGGCUUUGCCGUGCGAACACUGACACAACAAGUUGGGCUCCUUGGGCUUAUCAUCAGGGCUACGUUUUGGGACACGCACAGUCGCCACAACACUUCCAGACCACCUACGAAUACGAGGUGGCAGUCGACCCAGCACGGAUUCAGACCAUCUCGAUCGAGCUCAGAUUGUACUUUGCCUCGACCGACACUCAGACGGAGCCAGCUUGUCGACGUCGUGGCCUAAGCCAUCCUGAAUGGGGGAUUCAACAUGCAUCCGCAUCCCCUCACACCAUAAGAUGAUGUCGGAACACCGUACAUUUUAUUUUAAUGACGCUCUUGUGCCUCGCUACUGUACUCCAAGACGGAGAUGCAGUAGCUGCAUGGAUGUCAAGGACUUCCAUGUUCUCUCCACAGGCGUCGCAAGCAGAGCGCUUUGCGUCUGCGGCGUGUUGAGCGCGUGCCGUUCCUGGCUGUCAGAGUAAUGACGGCCAGCGAAAAGUGUGGAGAAGAUGCAGAAAGUCAUGCCAGGGCUCAACAUACCAUUCCUCAAACUGGUUGGGGAUCAAGGGCUGAGCAGCGAAUGGAACAUGCCGCCGAGAGCAAGCACAGAGACUAGGAGAAAGCCACAUUGAGCCAACAAAUCCUACUGCUGCUGCCCGCUCUGAACUACUCGGGGCCACCCAAACAACAGACUUUGGCCCUGCCGCCCGACGUCACGUCAAAUCCCUGAGGAGAUUGGUCCUUGUAUUGAUGGUCGCAGUUCAAGAAAGAGGAGAGCAGUUGAGCCCCAUGCCGGUCUGGUUAACUCUGGUGCGAGGAAGAACGACAUGACUACCUAUGGUUUGACUCUGAACCUUUCACAUGCUUCAAGUUCAACCGUGCAAACCUUGAGCAUGCGAUCGCCGCGAUCGUUUGAGAUCAGCGGAAGACUACCCAUGGUUUAGCGCACACUGCCGCACCUAGCCCCUCUACCUGUUCGCGUCCAGUGCCGACAGGGUUCCUACGAACCGCGCACAAACUAAGUCUCAAGGCUCAUUUUACGUCCAUGCCCGAUACCGACGUUUCUUUGAGGGUUGAUAGUGCUCAACGGCACGAAGAGCCUAUCACCAACUGCCUCGAAUCAUAGGCAGUUCAAAACCUUCGCUGCAAACAUGUGUUGGGCUCCGACCGUUGCCACCACGCACCACGGUGGGGAUUUGCCUCAGAGUUUCGCCUUCCCUUCGCUGAAGGGCUAUCCAACGCCUCCACCGAUGGUCUACUUUGUAUGAACGAGAUCCACCUCAUGGUGGACCAGCUUGGCCCCAUGUUGCUUCACACAUGCUGGAACAUGCAAUCCCAAUUAGGGAGACUCCCACUCUCAGGGGGCCGGAUUAUGCCCUCCCUAAAAUAACAAUGAGGAUUGACAUAUCCUCGUGUGCCUAAUAGCCCGCCCGCUUGUCGCUCCAGGUAUUCCAGUGUACGAGGUAUCAACACGGAAACUGAACACUUCUACCACGAGUUAUUUCUUUGCGUCAGAACAGAGGGGUAACGACCAAAAACAGCGAAAGAGGAGUUCAGUGCCAAUAGCGCUCUGCUUCUUCGAAUUCCUUGCAUGCGACUCUGGUUGUUUAAUCCUCCCAUUGGCACGUCCCUAACACGACUGGGUAUGGUAGCGCCAGCAAGCUGCUGGCAGGUUAUGAAGGACUCCCCGCAUUUCUGGCGAUCUCCCUGCCCUCUGUUCCGCCACCUUUUGUUUGAACCAAACCUCGGACGGACCUUCGGCUCCAUCCACUCGCGGCACAGUUCGGCAUCUUGUUUCGCGAAGCCGUCUCAAGCCAUCCCAAGCCAUUCGCCAUCUACUAUAGACGAGUCAUGCCACCUUCGAGAGCCUUGGCAGUGACCUCUUCAGCCAAAGCGGACACGAUCAAGAGGGUGGCGAGCGAGAAGAAUGCACACACAUCCCUCUCUUUUUUGGCUGACCCAUGAUAUGGACGUUGAUAGGUCUUUGCACCAACCAGGUCCGGCUUCCGGAAUUGCUGCUGGCCAUUAGUGUUGUACCCUUCUGACAUAUGCCUGUUGGUACGACAAAAAGAGGAGAUGGACAACAUCCUUGGGCUCUUGAUCAGCCACAUAGAUCCCGCCUGGCACGCUCCACAAGCGCCACUGCGGAUAUGACAGCCGUCUUAUGCGCAUC